CCUCUUGAAAGCAGCAAAUCUCGUCGGAGGCACGAAUGGAUGCACCACUGUCUGAUCGAUGAAGUCUGUCAUAGCUUCAUCAACCCAAUCGGCGGCGGGCGCCAGCCUCGCGGCGCCCUCGGCCGGGCACAUUGCAGCACAACGCUCGGUCCCGCCCGCUUACACGAGGCCCGCUUCCGCUCCAAACUGCGCUUCGGCAUCCAUUGUUUGUGUAAUCGACUGUUGCGGGCCCACAAAUCGUGGCCGCAAUGGCAAACGGUUUCCAGCCCUUCGGCACAAUCGUGGCCUGACCACAGCAGCUCGCUCGCGCCCGCACGUGUGCACCCAUGCCGCGCCGGAGCCCGGCACCUUCUCUCGCUCCUCCUCCUCCGCUUCCCGCAGCCGGAGGCACCGCUCGCCCUCCUCACCACCUCGCGAUGCCUCAACAGCUGCCGCUACGGCAGCUGCCCAGGCCACUAUUCGCCUGUCCGAUGAGCAGGGCGGGCGGGAAGCUGUGGCCGCACGCCGCACGCCCUCGGCGCUGGCAUCAGCUGUCGCAGCCUCCAGACAGGCGGCCGGGCCCGCGGCGGGGACGUGGGAAGUGGGCACGCGCGCGGUCGCAGCAGACCGCAAGCGGCGCCUUCGCGGGCCCCAGCGGCCGGGCUCUCCCUCGAGACCGUCCGCUGCCAACCGUGGCAACGGCACCGGCAACGGCCGGCAGCAGCAGCCCCAGCAGCAGCGGCAGCAGCAGGAGGCCCGGGAGCAGGAGGCCCGGGAGCUGAGGCGGGUGAGCUAAACCGGGUGCACGCGGAGGAGGUCUGCAUGCUGAAGGAGAAGGUCGCCGAGCUGCAGCGGGAGUCGGAGUACGGGGACGAGGGGCCUGCGGAGGUGAGCUGGCUGCCGUAAGAAGGCGGUGAAAACCGCCGUGUCUAGGACAAUGGACGAUGGAUGAUGGACCUGGCCUCAGUCAGUUGGAAGUCAGUUUUCCGGGGUCACGUUGCGUUGCAUUGUUGUUGGGUCCCGCAAUGGCCCUCACGCCUCCAGACUUCCUAAGGAGCAGCGGGGGGCUCAACCUAAUUAUCUAGUUGUGUCUUAUAGGGGACAAUCCGUGAACCGAUGCCUCACGCGUCGUUUGCGGGUGUGCGAUGGGACAGUAGUAAGGCAGGUUGGUAAAGUCCCGCAGGGUGCAGCUGAUUCCCAGAACCUAACAGAUGGCAUACAAUGUGCAACGGCAGGGCAGGAGUGCGCGGCCGGUCGAACGCCGGAGUUACUGUACCGACGAGUUGCUGGCUGGCUGGAAGUUGGCUCCCGUUGGCU